AUGGGAAGGUUGGAAUCUUUGACAGCUUGGGCAUUGGGUCGAACUCCAUAUGAAGACCAAGUAAUCCGGCCACCUCUACCACGUCUUUUAAGUGAUACUGGUUACCUACAACGAUACGAUGAACAUGGUCAUCCAAGAAAUUCCGAAACCAAACGGAGAGAACGAGAGAAUAUACGUGCAGCCAAUGAGGUAAUGCAAGUCACGGGUAUCGUUGAAAAUCUAACUGUUGUGAGGGCAGCUGCAAGAUUACACAACAAUCAGAAUAUGGAAGAGACGAUCAAAGGUUUACAGAUAUUGGAAGCAGGAAGUGAGACACUCCAGGCUGGUGUCUGGGGUGUUAUUGGGUUCAGACAGAGGAUUUUGCUCUACAGAUCAUAUUCUGAUAUUGGAAUCCUAGGGUUGAUCCAGCGUGAAAGAGCAAGAAGAUCGGUCGCGAACUCAUUCUUUUCUGGACUUCCCACUGUCAUAGCAUAUCAUAUAUCAAACUGGCUAGCAUGUCGCUUGGCAGAUAUCCUAGAUCAAAUGUAUGAUGAAACCGAGAAUGAACUUACCCCGCAAGACGUAUGGAUCAAGUACAUAGCCGAUAAGUUCCUCGACAUAGGCUUUCACUACAUUACGUUACACUUACGUAUGUUUGCUAUGUUAUACCAAUUUGAGUUGAUCAAUUCCAAUCAGCUUUUACCCCCAUUGAUGUCACUGAUCCCAUUCUCGAAAUCAUCACUACUUCAAGCACCGCCUCCACCUUCGGCGAAUAUCAAAUCGAUUCUUUCGUGGGCAUUUGCCUUGGUUCGUUCCACAACUCCAAUUGUGGCAAUUCUAUUUCAUGGGAAGAUAAAACAUAUUGUGUCGCGCCUCUUAUAUCGUCCUGUCUAUAAAUCCUUACCACGACCAAAGGGAGAGAGUAUGUUUACUGGACUUGGAUUUGGAGCUCCCAUAUUGGAAUUUGACACCCCGGAUGAUCCAGAAGAGCAUGGCCCAAUUCGUGGUGGAGAGGAAGAUACAUUGCGAGCUCUUGAAGGAUUACCUGCAUUGGAAAGAACAGAACCUCGAUCUCGAAGACAUACAAAUGCCUCCAUAAGUGUUGAUGAGGAUGAAGAUGCGCGACCGACACUAAUCAGCUUUGAUGUUGAUCACGCAUCUACACCUGUUGAACCAUCUUCUGGUUUGGGAACAUGGUCAGCAGAAUUGAGAAGUGCAAACGAUCCUGGCGAAUCGAAGGAUAUCAAAUAUCGCAAAACUGGUCUUACCAUGCUUCCAACCAUACUUGCCGCUCAAGGAUUUAGAGAUUUAGCUGCUUCGAUCCUUACAACGCCACUCGAGGCCAUGAUGCUACGAAUCGUUGGUAGAACAUACGGAAAUAAAGUUGGUAUCAGUUUGGCAGACUUCUAUGAGAUAGGUUUCCAGAUGCCUAGCUUGAAACUUUUGAUCUCUUCGUGGGCAUUCCAAUUCAUAGUAACAGGAAUUGUAUGGACUGGAUUUACCUUGGUUAUUGAGCAUUACACGGACGACAAGAAGGUGGUUAAGCAAUCGAAACCAGCUCCCGUCGGAGGUGACUCUGACUGA